AUGCUCACCAUGCUCUGACCUUUCUCUACACCGGGGUGUCCAGGCCCAGCAAAGGCUUUCCCAGGUUUCAGUCCCUAGCCUUCCUCAAUGACCAGGCCGUCUUCCACUAUGACAGCGAGAGCCAGCAGGCACAGCCCCUGGGCCUGUGGGGCCAGGUAAGAGGAAUGGAAGACUGGAAGGAGGAGAGCCGGCUUCAGAAAGCCAGAGAGGAGAUCUUCCUGGUGACCCUGAGAGACAUCAUGGAUUAUUACCAGGACAGCAAAGGGUCUCACACCUUCCAGGGCAGGUUCGGUUGCGAGUUUUGGAGUAACGGAAGCAGUGGAGCAUUCUGGAGUUACGCGUAUGAUGGAGAGGACUUCAUCAGAUUCAACAAAGACAUCCCAGCCUGGAUUCCCUUGGACACAGCAGCCCAGGAAACGAAGAAGAAAUGGGAGGCAGAGAAGGUCUAUGUGCAGCGGGCCAAGGCAUACCUGGAGGAAGAGUGUCCUGGAAUCCUGCGGAGGUACCUGAACUACAGCAGGGCCCAGCUGGAUCAGCAAG